AUGGGUUUGCUUCUAGACUUAUAAGUAGCAAUACCAUUAGUUGCAAAUUAAAGAGUUUUUAAGAACAUUUUGGAAAAGGAGGAGAUGACAGAAGACAGUGUGUUAGUGAUUGAAGGUGCGGAUUCACUUCUGGAUGAUGAUGGCAAACCCAGAAGAACAGGAACAGCAUGGACAGCAAGUGCACACAUAAUAACGGCAGUGAUUGGUGCUGGAGUUUUGUCUUUAGCCUGGGCUAUGGCCCAAUUGGGAUGGAUAAUUGGCAUAUUUUCAAUCCUGCUCUUUGCAAUUGUCAACCUAUAUACUUCAAAUCUUCUAGCUGAUUGUUAUAGAUCACCAGAUCCUGUCACCGGCAAGAGGAACCAUUCUUACAUGGAGGCUGUAAGAAGAAACUUAGGUGGUAAAAUGCACAUGGUAUGUGCAUUCUUCCAGUACAGCAACCUUAUUGGGCCAGCAAUUGGGUACACAAUAACUACAGCUAUAAGUGUGGUGACAAUACGAAAAAUCAAUUGUUUCCACCAGAAUGGAACUGCAGCUUCGUGCCGUUUUUCGACAAAUCCAUACAUGAUCGCUCUUGGAACUGUACAAAUCGUUUUGUCUCAAAUCCCCAAUUUUCACAACCUGUCUUGGCUCUCAAUCAUAGCUGCGAUCAUGUCUUUUGGUUAUGCAUUGAUUGGUGCUGGACUCUCUCUUGCUACAGUCAUCCAAGGGAAAGGAAAAAGUACAUCUUUAAUGGGCGGCAACAAUAUACAAAGUUCAGCAGAUCAUAACUUGUGGAACAUGCUCAUUGCAUUAGGAAACAUUGCACUUGCUAGUUGUUAUUCUCAAAUUGCCGUAGAUAUUCAGGACACUUUGAGAUCAUCACCACCAGAAAAUAAAGUGAUGAAGAAGGCAAAUAUGAUAGGUAUAUCCACAAUGACGGUUUUCUUCCAGCUAUGUGCAUGCUCUGGCUAUGCUGCAUUUGGCUCAGAAACACCUGGCAACAUCCUAUUGAGCUCUGGCUUUAAAGAACCUUUUUGGCUAAUUGACAUAGCCAAUGUCUUCAUUGUGGUGCACCUGGUUGGAGCAUAUCAGGUUAUUGUCCAACCUAUUUUUGGUGCAGUUGAAACAUGGGCUAGAGAAAGGUGGCCAAGCUCAAGUUUUAUUAAUAGGGAAUACCCUUUGAUCAUCGGGAGAAUGAAGUUCUGCCUUAGCUUCUUUAGGCUAGUUUGGAGGACCAUAUUUGUGGCAGUAGUGACUAUUCUAGCCAUGGCAAUGCCUUUUUUCAAUGAGAUGCUUGCCCUUUUGGGGGCCAUUGGGUUCUGGCCAAUAACAGUAUAUUUUCCAGUGGAGAUGUACAUUGCAAGAAAGAAGAUAAAGAAAGGAGCAAUGAGAUGGCUUGGACUUAAAACAUUGAGCUUGGUUUUCAUGUUACUAUCACUGGCUAUAGCAAUUGCUGCCAUUCAUGGGAUGAAUCAAGCUCUUCGCAAGUACAAGCCCUUCAAGUAUAAAGCGUAGCUAGUGAGUUGUGAGUGUAAUGUGAAAACUUUCAAAGCAUGCUCAAUAAUAAAAGGAGUUGAAAGAAAA